CCCAAUUCAACUGGACGACUUUUCGCGCAGCUCUUCCAACUUUCUCGGAAUCGCCUCGAAGUCAACCACCGGUACCGUCGACAACCGCCAACAUGAGCUCGCCGUCCCUCAACAAGAUCGCGGCUAACAGCCCGAGCCGCCAGAACCCGUCGGAACUUGAGCAGGGCAUCGCCACCGCUCUGUACGAUCUCGAGACCAACACUGCCGACCUCAAGGUCGCCCUCCGCCCUCUGCAGUUCGUCUCGGCCCGUGAGAUCGAAGUCGGCCACGGCAAGAAGGCUAUUGUCAUCUUUGUCCCCGUCCCUUCGCUGCAGGGUUUCCACCGUGUCCAGCAGCGCCUCACCCGCGAGCUCGAGAAGAAGUUCUCGGAUCGCCAUGUCCUGAUCCUCGCUUCCCGCCGCAUCCUGCCGCGCCCCAAGCGCUCCAGCCGCUCGCGCAACACCCUCAAGCAGAAGCGCCCCCGCUCGCGCACCCUCACCGCGGUGCACGACGCCAUCCUGACCGACCUCGUCUUCCCCGUCGAGAUCGUCGGCAAGCGCCUCCGCACCAAGGAGGACGGCUCCAAGACGCUCAAGGUCAUCCUUGACGAGAAGGAGCGUGGCGGCGUCGACUACAGGCUCGACACCUACUCGGAGGUCUACCGCCGUCUCACCGGCCGCGGCGUCAUCUUCGAGUUCCCCCAGACCAGCGCCGCCGAGUAUUAGGCGUGAGCAGAUGGGAGGAUGGGCUUGUUUGUGGGCUGGCGCACCGAGGUCAGAUUUGGGUUUGGGAUUCGGGUUCGGGUCUGAUGCAUGGGACUCAAAAGGGACGGCGUUCAGCUAGCUUGUGACAAUGCAAGCUUGAUUUCCACCACACCUGGUCCCCACAAUACAAGCCAUUUUGCGAAUAG